AGGACCCGUCAGCCCUGCAAGAUGCAUCUCCGGCUCUUCUGCAUCCUGCUGGCCGCAGUCUCAGGAGCCUGGGGUUGGGGCUACUGAACGGGGGCUGGACCUUGAGCUGAACCAGCAGCCUUUUUGGCUGGAGAUCCCAGCAAGCCUUGGCGACCCUGGUGAUGCUGAGUUUGGAUGGACAUGGAGGUGGUGAUGGUGCUAAGACUGGCUGACGCUGGGACCUAGGCCUGGAUUUGGGAUGGUUGUGACGAAGAGCUGGUCGGACCCCUGUACUAUCGCUCCUUGGGUGCCUCCUCUUACUAUGGGCUCUUCACAGCACCCCGCUUUGCCCGGCUGCAUGGCAUAAGCGGAUGGUCUCCCCGGAUUGGGGACCCGAAUCCCUGGCUCCAGAUAGACUUAAUGAAGAAGCACCGAAUCCGGGCUGUGGCCACACAAGGUUCCUUUAACUCAUGGGACUGGGUCACACGUUACAUGCUGCUCUAUGGCGACCGUGUGGACAGCUGGACACCAUUCUACCAGCGUGGGCACAAUUCGACCUUCUUCGGUAAUGUGAACGAGUCUGCCGUGGUGCGCCACGACCUGCACUACCAUUUCACCGCGCGCUAUAUCCGCAUCGUGCCCUUGGCUUGGAACCCGCGUGGCAAGAUCGGCCUGAGGCUCGGCCUCUACGGCUGCCCUUACAAGUCUGACGUGCUGUAUUUCGACGGCGACGAUGCCAUCUCGUACCGCUUCCCGCGAGGGGUCAGCCGGAGCCUGUGGGACGUGUUCGCCUUCAGCUUCAAGACGGAGGAGAAGGACGGACUCCUGCUGCACGCCGAGGGCGCCCAGGGCGACUACGUGACGCUGGAGCUGCAGGGGGCGCACUUGCUGCUGCACAUGAGUCUGGGCAGCAGCCCCAUCCAGCCUAGGCCUGGUCACACCACGGUGAGCGCUGGUGGCGUGCUCAAUGAUCAACACUGGCACUACGUUCGGGUGGACCGGUAUGGCCGGGAUGCAAACCUCACCCUGGACGGCUACGUGCAGCGCUUUGUGCUCAACGGCGACUUUGAGAGACUGAACCUGGACAAUGAGAUGUUCAUCGGGGGCCUGGUGGGCGCCGCGCAGAAGAACCUCGGCUAUCGGCAUAAUUUCCGCGGCUGCAUAGAAAACGUCAUCUUCAACCGAGUCAACAUCGCGGACCUGGCCGUGCGGCGCCAUUCCCGCAUCACCUUCGAGGGUAAGGUGGCGUUCCGUUGCCUGGACCCGGUUCCUCACCCCAUCAACUUUGGAGGGCCUCACAACUUCGUGCAGGUGCCUGGCUUCCCGCGUCGCGGCCGCCUCGCUGUCUCCUUUCGCUUCCGCACCUGGGACCUCACCGGGCUGCUACUUUUCUCCCGCCUGGGGGACGGGUUGGGCCACGUAGAGCUGAUGCUCAGUGACGGACAGGUCAAUGUGUCCAUCGCGCAGACUGGCCGAAAGAAACUUCAGUUCGCUGCUGGAUACCGCCUGAAUGAUGGAUUUUGGCAUGAGGUGAAUUUUGCUGCGCAGGAAAACCAUGCAGUGAUCAGUAUUGACGAUGUGGAGGGAGCAGAGGUCAGGGUCUCAGCCCCACUGUUGAUCCGGACAGGGACCUCAUACUUCUUUGGGGGUUGUCCCAAGCCAGCCAGUCGAUGGGGCUGCCACUCCAAUCAGACUGCAUUUCAUGGCUGCAUGGAGCUGCUCAAGGUGGACGGCCAACUGGUCAACCUGACGCUGGUGGAGUUCCGUCGGCUCGGACACUAUGCUGAGGUCCUCUUUGACACAUGUGGCAUCACUGAUAGAUGCAACCCCAACAUGUGCGAGCACGAUGGACGUUGCUAUCAGUCUUGGGAUGACUUCAUCUGCUACUGUGAACUGACAGGCUACAAGGGGGAGACCUGCCAUCAACCUUUGUAUAAGGAAUCCUGUGAAGCUUAUCGGCUCAGCGGGAAAACUUCUGGAAACUUCACCAUUGAUCCCGAUGGCAGUGGCCCCCUGAAGCCAUUUGUGGUCUACUGUGAUAUCCGAGAGAACCGGGCGUGGACAGUUGUGCGACAUGACAGGCUGUGGACAACUCGGGUGACAGGCUCUAGCAUGGAGCGGCCGUUCCUGGGGGCUGUCCAGUACUGGAAUGCAUCCUGGGAGGAAGUCAGUGCCCUGGCCAAUGCUUCCCAGCACUGCGAACAGUGGAUCGAGUUCUCCUGCUACAAUUCCCGGCUGCUCAACACUGCAGGAGGCUACCCCUACAGCUUUUGGAUGGGCCGGAAUGAGGAGCAGCACUUCUAUUGGGGAGGCUCGCAGCCUGGGAUCCAGCGCUGUGCCUGUGGUCUGGACCGAAGCUGCGUGGACCCCGCCCUGCACUGCAACUGUGAUGCUGACCAGCCCCAGUGGAGAACCGACAAGGGACUGCUGACCUUCGUGGACCAUCUGCCCGUCACUCAGGUGGUGGUGGGGGACACGAACCGCUCCAGUUCCGAGGCCCAGUUCUUCCUGAGGCCUCUGCGCUGCUACGGCGACCGGAAUUCCUGGAACACCAUCUCCUUCCACACUGGGACCACACUCCGCUUUCCCCCCAUCCGUGCCAACCACAGCCUUGAUGUCUCCUUCUACUUCAGGACCUCAGCUCCCUCUGGAGUCUUCCUAGAGAAUAUGGGGGGCCCCUACUGCCAGUGGCGCCGCCCUUACGUGCGGGUGGAACUCAACACGUCCCGGGAUGUGGUCUUCGCCUUCGAUGUGGGCAACGGGGAUGAGAACCUGACAGUGCACUCGGAUGACUUUGAGUUCAACGAUGACGAGUGGCACCUGGUCCGGGCUGAGAUCAACGUGAAGCAGGCCCGUCUCCGUGUGGACCACCGGCCCUGGGCGCUGCGGCCUAUGCCCCUGCAAACCUACAUCUGGCUGGAGUAUGACCAGCCCCUCUAUGUCGGAUCUGCAGAGCUUAAGAGACGCCCCUUCGUGGGUUGCCUGAGGGCCAUGCGUCUGAACGGAGUGACUCUGAACCUGGAGGGCCGUGCCAAUGCCUCUGAGGGCACUUCUCCCAACUGCACAGGCCACUGUGUCCACCCCCGGUUCCCCUGUUUCCACGGAGGCCGCUGUGUGGAGCGCUACAGUUACUAUACCUGUGACUGCGACCUCACAGCUUUUGACGGGCCCUACUGCAACCAUGAUAUUGGCGGCUUCUUUGAGCCUGGCACCUGGAUGCGCUAUAACCUGCAGUCCGCCCUGCGCUCUGCAGCCCGGGAGUUCUCCCACAUGCUGAGCCGGCCAGUGCCAGGCUACGAGCCUGGCUAUAUCCCUGGCUAUGACACCCCUGGCUACGUGCCAGGCUACCACGGCCCUGGGUACCGCCUGCCUGAUUACCCCCGGCCCGGCAGGCCUGUGCCGGGUUACCGUGGACCCGUCUACAAUGUGACUGGAGAGGAAGUGUCCUUCAGCUUCAGCACCAGCUCUGCCCCCGCCGUCCUGCUCUAUGUCAGCUCCUUUGUGCGUGACUACAUGGCUGUGCUCAUCAAGGAAGAUGGGACCCUGCAGCUACGGUAUCAGCUGGGCACCAGUCCCUACGUGUACCAGCUAACCACCCGCCCAGUUACUGAUGGCCAGCCCCACAGCGUCAAUAUCACCAGGGUCUACCGCCACCUCUUCAUCCAGGUGGACUACUUCCCACUGACAGAACAGAAGUUCUCACUGUUGGUGGACAGCCAGCUGGACUCACCCAAGGCCUUGUAUCUAGGGCGUGUGAUGGAGACUGGAGUAAUUGACCCAGAGAUCCAGCGCUACAACACACCAGGCUUCUCGGGCUGCCUGUCUGGUGUUCGAUUUAACAACGUGGCUCCCCUCAAGACCCACUUCCGGAGCCCUCGCCCCAUGACCGCGGAGCUGGCAGAGGCCCUUCGCGUUCAGGGAGAACUGUCAGAGUCCAACUGUGGAGCCAUGCCACGUCUAUUCUCGGAGGUGCCACCUGAGCUGGACCCCUGGUAUCUGCCCCCAGAUUUUCCUUACUACCAUGACGACGGAUGGGUUGCCAUACUUUUAGGCUUUUUGGUGGCCUUCCUGCUGCUGGGGCUGGUGGGAAUGCUGGUGCUCUUCUAUCUGCAGAACCAUCGCUACAAGGGCUCCUAUCACACCAAUGAGCCCACGGCCACCCAUGAACUCCAUCCUGGCAGCAAACCUCCCCUACCUACUGCAGGGUCUGCCCAGGCCCCGGCCCCUCCACCAGCUUCCACCCCAGCUUCCACUCCAGCCCCAGCCCCAGCCCCAGCCCCAGCCCCACCCCCAACCCCAGGCCCAGCCCCAGCCCCAGGCCCAGGCCCUGGCCCACGGGACCAAAACCUACCCCAGAUCCUGGAGGAGUCCAGGUCUGAAUGAAUCAGAAGGGCAUAAGGGACCAAGUACAUCUCUGAAUUCCCCAGUUCCUGCCUCUACCCCACCCCGUCAGGGGCAUUUGGCUCCUCUUUGCGGGCUCUGCUCAUCCAGAGGACACCCCUCCUGCCAAGUUUGAUGGGCAGAGAUACAGAUGGGACCAAAGGGAGUGGCUGAGCCUCACUGCCUAAACCAAUGCCCUGCCCAUCCCCGUUUCCCCAGGCUCCUGGAUGUUUGCCUGCCCCAAAGAAGCCUCCCAGGGCUCUUCGCCAUCUCUGUCUCAGCUGCUGCCAGGGAUUAACAACAGAGUGCAGGGGAGAUUAACUGCCUCCCUUCAAAUAUUCAAUCUCAGCAGGGACAGAGGUGUGGGAUUGCAGGGAUGCAGGGCAAGGGGCGGAGGCUGCUAAACCAAACCCCCCAGCCUCCCUCCUGCCCUGCAGAUCGUCUUCCAUCUGCUUCCACUCAGCUGGGGGCUGGGGAGGGCUUCACUGCUGCCCCCCACUCCCCUUUCUGUUGUUUUUCUUUCUUACAGAGACUGAGAGAGGCCUCAGUUUAGCACUUUAGUACCUCCGCUGCUUUACAUGCUUUAGCCAAAGCCAUAAAUACUUGCAACGCAGAGCGAAUAAUGCAGACACCCUGACCUGCCAGCCCUCUACUCUUCCCCCUCUGCUAAGAUGUGCAAUAGCCUCGGUGCCUGUCCACAGGCUCAGCCCCCUCCAGUGCAUGACGAGCCUGUUUUCCUCCGCUCAGAGAUGCUGCUUCAUUUGCCAGGAGGUCACAUUCUUUAUAUAUAUUUUUUGUUGCCAAGUCUCUCUCUAGAGAAACUAUAUAUUACUCUAAUUUUUUAAUUAUCCGUUUAUAUAUAAAAGAAAAAAAUCAG